AUGACCCGUCUAAAUAUUAUUGUUUUGCAACAGUUUGUUAUGAUUUUUGGAUCAAUUUUUAUUUGGUGGAAUUUAUCUCCAGCUGUCGAUGGUGUUUUGGGUGAUUUGCCGUUACAACCCGUCUGUAAAUAUUGGCGAACAGUCUGUAUUCAAAAUGUUCUAAAGGCUUCUAUAGUUCUUCUGUUAUUUCUUGCACAUAUGUGUUCGGUGUUUUACUAUCUUUGGAUUGAUAAAGAACCAAAUGUACUUGCAAUGAUUGCUUUAACAUUACUGGUUUCAAAUGAGCUUUCAAAUCGUCUUUUCGCUGUUGUAUUGGCAGUUGUUUUCGUUUUAGCAGGCCUUUGGGUUGCUUUUUUACCACCCGUUGUGCGUCAUGUUACAGUCGAAAUCGAAAACUUGCCAAAGGCGCAAAAAGGCUUUACAGUAGCUCUUUUAUCUGAUCUCCAUAUUGGACCAACUGUUGGGUGCUCGAAAAUUCAGAAGAUGGUGGAUGUUAUAAACCCUUUCAAACCAGAUGUGAUAGCUAUAUCUGGCGACCUUGCAGAUGGUCUUGUCCACAAUCUGAAAAAAGCUGCUUACCCUUUAAUGAAUUUAACUUCAAAAUAUGGCAUAUAUUUUGCUACAGGCAAUCAUGAAUACCUUCAUGGAAAUGUUGAUGAAUGGUUCGUAUUUUUAAAGAAAAUCGAAAUCAUACCUCUCCAUAACAAAAAUAAGAAGAUUUUGGUUGGAAAUUCCAGAAUUUGCAUUGCUGGAGCCGAUGAUUUAUUUGCGGAACAUUCAAGACUUGCUGGGCAUGUAAUGGAUUACAAAAAAGCGUUACGAGGAUGCAAAAAAAAUGACACAACGAUUAUGCUCAUUCAUCAACCUAAUGCUGUUCGCAUAAUACUGAAUGACGUUGAAACCGCAAAAAAUAUUGAUCUUAUUCUGUCAGGUCACACACAUGCCGGACAGAUGUAUGUUUUCGUACCGGUGGUGUAUUUUUGGAAUGCGUAUUUCCGUGGUCUUUAUUAUGAUAAGGCUACACGAACAUAUGUCUAUGUUUCAUCAGGUGUCAAUUAUUUUGGUCCACCAGUUAAGGUUUUUGACGGAAGUGAAAUAAUUCUCAUCAAGUUAGUAUAG